UAGUGUACAUCUAUACGCUUUGAAGUCUGUGAAAAUACAUAAGCGCCUCGCUCUACCGGACGUUUUCUUCUUCUCUCAUACCAGACGAAGGGGCGGAAACGACACAUUUUGAAGUAGUCAAGCUAGCGGCUGUGCAUUUCGACAACAAAUAAAUCGCGGCGUUAUUAUUGUAUUUUCGUGACACAGCGGCAGUCCAGUUGUUUGAAUUUGGCGUGUGUGGAACUUUAAGAUAACCAGUUAAAAUUGAUAUAAUCGGAACCUGCUGGUCCCCAGGUCUACCUGAUGAGUAUGAGCCAGUCUACAGAACCCACUAACGAUGGUCCCACUGUUACAGAAGAGACCAAAAUGACUACAGUUGAGAAGAAGGAUAAGAAGCCAGACGAUGUGGCAGAGGAGGAAGAGGAAGAAGAAGAGUACGUGGUGGAAAAAGUCCUGAAUCGACGGGUGGUGAAAGGAAGAGUAGAGUAUCUUCUCAAGUGGAAAGGCUUCUCUAAUGAAGACAACACAUGGGAGCCUGAAGACAACCUAGACUGUCCGGAUUUGAUUGCUGAAUUCUUGCAGUCCCAGAAAUCGGCGCACGAUGGAAAGAGGAAGGCGGCUGGAGAGGCAGAAGGAGAUGAAAGUAAAUCAAAGAAGAAAAAGGAUGAUACUGAGAAGCUCCGGGGCUUCGCCCGAGGUCUUGAUCCAGAAAGAAUUAUCGGCGCAACAGACUCCACAGGAGAACUCAUGUUCCUCAUGAAAUGGAAAAACUCUGACGAAGCCGACCUGGUGCCUGCAAAAGAGGCCAAUGUGAAGUGUCCGCAGGUGGUCAUCUCUUUCUACGAAGAGAGGCUCACUUGGCACUCGUAUCCGUCUGAAGACGAGAAAAAGGAUGACAAAAACUAACACAGGCUGAGGCAAAGAGUCAGGGGAAGACAGAAACUGUAGUUUUGAGCUUCAUUGUACUUUCCAAGAGGGGUCUAGGAGAGGUGGACAGGCAGGCAUGCAAAGACCAGCAAGACAUCAUUGGACUCAUUUGUCUUUUGGUUUAUUAUACUCCUUUGAUUCAACUUUUAUGUGGAUAUAAUCUAAACAUAUAUAUAUAUAUGUAUGCUUCAGAUUUGCUCAGCAAAAACCAGUUCAAAUGAAACAAAAUGUUAACGCAGUGUUGAUUUUCAGUAACCAUUACAGUCACUUCACUUUCAGUGUUACAUCCAGUCUGUGUAUCAUUUGAUCCCUCCCCUGUUCUUGUUUACAGUGAGUUACACUGAUGGCGUUACUUGGCGUUUGCCAUAAUUAAUCAACAGUAUUAAACCAUUGUUUGAUACUGGAGGGGGUUAUGUGGCAGGAAUAGAAACACUUCAGGACACUUGAAGGAGAAUAUUGAAAGUUAGUAAAAUUCUUUGUUUUUUUUUUGUCGUCCAACUCUCAAAGAAAUCCAGUGACGGUUGUUGGCACAUUCACUGAGCUGCAGAAAGAAAGAACCGAUCCUUUACAAUUCAGUUAAUUCUGUUUUAAAUAAUGUAAGCAGGCACAAAAUGGGGCUGCUUACUCUAUAACUCACUGUAUCCAUGGCCACAAGAAUGUUUAUCACAUUUUCUGAAGUAAACAUCAGCCAGUCAUGUUAAAUGUACAAACUGUUUAGUUGCUCCUUAUUUUUUUAACUAAGCAUAAAAAAAUUAAACGCUAUCCAAAACAGCUUUUUUUACUCCAAGAUUUUCCAAUUUUGAUUUCUCAAAUAACUAUGAUGUGGGAUUAUAUGGUGAUUGCUUAUCAGUGAGGUCUUGUUCUCACUUCUUUGGUGUGCCAUUUGUUUUAAAAACUCAGUUUAUUGGUGCUUUUGGGAGCAAAACUGAGUUCAUCUUAGCUGUUUCCCACUUUGGUGUACGCUUAAAAACAAGACUGUGAUUAAUUUAGUCAUUGUUGUGUUUUGUUUUUUCUGUGUCUUGCUAGUUGCUUUUGGAGAAUAAACCAUUUUUUUGUUA